UGACAGGAUAGCGAUAACGAAUGCGUAAAAUCGAUUUUAAUUAUCGUAACAAAUCAGACAUGCUAUACAAGUGUACGUUACUAUGGAAAUAAACAAUUUGGCAGUACCAAAACUGUCAAUCACACUUACGAGUUUUUACAGUGUUAUUCAAAUUUAAAAUUUGGUUUUUUUAUUAAAAUAUACAAUAAUGUAUGAGUUGGAUGUUAUAUGCGAUCGCUCCAAAGAAAAAUUAAUAACAGUGCCUCCAAAUAUUUUAAAGAUGAUCAAUUUAAAAAUGCUUUUCUUGGAAGGAAAUUUUAUAACAACAUUGCCGGAUGAUAUAUUCUGGAAGCUGCCGGGUUUGAAAUGGCUGGAUCUGAGAAAUAACAUGUUAGAAUCUAUUCCCCUCAGUAUUGCAUUUCAUAAAUGUUUGGAAAAUAUAUUACUCACAAAUAAUAAUUUGCACAAACUUCCCAAUGAACUGGGAACAGUUAAAAGUUUGAAAGGUCUCCAUAUUACUGAAAAUCCUCUGGUAUACCCAGUGAGAGCAAUACUAGCAGCUGGUACAGAAAUCAUAAAGGAUUUUUUAAGGGAGCAGUAUGAAAUUACACACAUAAAAAAUGAAUCUGGAGAAGAAAGCUCAAUUUCAGACGGAGAUAUCCAGGACACAGAGAGAGUCAUAAGGGUAACCAAUAUAGAAAGUGGAAAUCUUGAUAAACAUUAUCCCAGUUCUUCCAAAAUGUACAACGAAGCGAGAAAAAGUAUGGAUGAAAUCAAGAAAACAAUCUCAGAUGAACAAACUUAUAACCCAGAUCUAAAAGUAAAGCAACUAUUAUCACCUAAUCGUUCUAAAGAUAAAAAAGAUCCAGAAAAAGUUAAAAUAAUCCAUAAAGUUAGCCGAACUGGAUCUACAUUAUAUUUGAAAUCUUAUUUCAAUAAGACCUUAAAGGAUGGCGACAGUAAGAAAUUUAAUAACCUCAAAGAAGGAUGGUUAAAAGAAUUGAGAAAUUUAUUAACCGAUCAAGAGAGAAUAAUACAACAAGAAAGAAAUCUUCAAGCAAUCACUACUUGGCGUUUAAAAAUGAAAUCUGAAGCAAAAAUACACCCAAAACCAUUCCUGGAAGGUAUCCCACAAGCUCCUUAUGGUACAGACCAGCGUUAUGCCAAGACGUUAUCUCGAGAAGAACUUGCAAAGAAGUUUGAUGAAGAAAGUUAUGUCAGUAGUGAACCUGUUGUUCACUAUUCUCCAGUAGAUAUUCAAAUGAUGAUAACAAACUUAAUGGAACAAUUAAAAGACAUGAAAGUUUCAUUUGAUCCAGUGACACCAGGAUCUGGAGCUGAACAAGCUGAAAAGCAAAUAAAAAUGAUCAUGGAUAUUCAGAAGAAAUUAAUGGAACUUAAAUCCAUUAACGAGAAAACUCUUUGAUUAUGUCACUUUGAAGUUGCUUAUCCUACGAAGAUAAAUUUUGAGUAUGGGAUAAUAAAUAAUACCUAAAUGAUAUGUUCAAUAAUUUACUAAAUUAACUUAAUGUACAGUAUUAUGAAAAUUGAAUAAAUAAUUUUUUUCAAA